UACUACUCUCCUCUUUCUCUGCUUUAAUUUAUUCCUUGCACGUAAACAUCUACAAAGAAAACAUGGAGUCAAGCAGAACAGUCACCACUACCAAAACACCGUUGUCUCCUUGCUUCGUGUCGCCGUCACGUAGCUCACCAUCUCCGCCGCGGGUGGUGGUCACACCUUGUGCUGCCUGUAAGAUAUUACGGCGGAGAUGCGCAGAGAAAUGUGUGUUGGCACCUUAUUUUCCUCCCAACGACCCUAUCAAGUUCACCACUGCUCAUCGUGUCUUCGGUGCAAGCAAUAUUAUCAAGUUCUUGCAGGAAUUGCCGGAAUCUCAAAGAGCAGAUGCAGUGAGCAGUAUGGUAUACGAGGCUAACGCUAGACUGAGAGAUCCAGUUUAUGGUUCUGCUGGUGCUAUUUGUCAACUUCAAAAGCAAGUGAAUGAGCUCCAAGCACAAUUAGCCAAAGCACAAGCUGAGAUUGUCAAUAUGCAGUGCCAACAAGCUAACCUCAUGGCUCUUCUUUACUUGGAAAUGGACCAAUCUCCACCAGCAUCAUCCGAACUUGUCCAUAACGCCUUCCAAAGUGGCAUGAGUUUCCUAGAUGAUCAGAACAACAAUUUUGGGAUCAGCCUCUCUGGAUAUGAUUAAUUAAAAGGAAGAUAUAUAUGUUCGUCAGAACAUGAUCUAUAAUUUAAACUUGAUGGAUUUAA